AUGUUCGGCGACAGUAUUUUCAGCUGGUUUAAGUCCUCCAAACAGGAGUCGGCCCCUGAGGCCACCUGGGACCCCAACACUGUUACGAUGACCCAGCCUCAGAGCCCUGCCGGUCCUACCACUGAGGGUGUCGUUACCGGUCAACCUGUACGGUGUCAUGCUGAUCAUAAGCUUUCUUUGUCUUAUGAUGCUAACAUGAACAAACUAGAUGCCCAACAACAACAUGGAUGUGAGCCUUCGUGGUGGUGGUCCUCCCCCCGGACCUGGCGGUGA